CUGCAGCGGGGACGCUUGCUCCCGGACGCUCUAGAUGCACUCUGCGAACCCUCGCUCCCUGAAUCGCCCUCUUGCACGGUUUCCCGCUGCUCCCGUACUUCGGCCUGGUUUUUCCUCGCUCGAUUAUCGCUGGUCUUCGUUCAUCGUUUCGAUUGCGCACGUCCUUCUUGCGAUCGGCUCUUAGCUUUCCAUGGGCGCUUUUAAAGAGCUGGACCGAACGGAUCGACGGAUGAGUCCAAGUUCACGUCGUUUGGUUUUAAUAACCGGAGUCCUGAAUGUUAGCUAUGAAUAUUAAGCUGCAUCUUGUACGUAUCGGAGGGUUCGAUGGAAUAGGUUCUAGCUUCGUGGUACCGUGGGUCGAUGUGGAAACGGGUUUCGUAUUUUCUUGUGUCCAAAGAAGAGGAUCGGAGAUUCAUUUGAUAGAUGUCGAAUCGUCGUGACUCGAUCUAUGGUACAUGUCCAAGGAAAUUCUUGUCUGUGAGCUCGUAUUUAUUGGAGCAUGUAUUCGGAUCUUGCCAUUUUUAUGGAAUGCACCUGAGAUAUUUUAUUCGAUAGACAUGAACAUUCGGUCUAGUUCGCAUCGUGCACCGUUCCUUGACUGUUAGGUUUUUUUAUAGACUCUACUCGAUCAAAGAAUGCAUGAGAUUUCACAACUCCGACGACAUACUAAUUUUAAGUUUGAAGCUCCCUCCUUCCGAGCACGCUAGAUAUGUGUCACGAUCGACAUUUAUAUCUUGCGCAAGUAGACGAGCAAUUUUGUUUUCUACUUAAUCUCCCCACCUUGACCGUCGACAAAUAUUUGUCGUCGAGUCAUAUCAGAUUUUGGUUUCCAUUGGUAUACGUAUCGUUUAAAAUUUAACACAUUUGUAUAAACUGUUUUUCCAGUGAUUUUUUGUCUUUGGUUGUUUUGGUAUUGAUUGGAAACGACAAGGUAUAGGCAAUCAUUUGGGACAGUCCACUUUAUCAUUCCAGAAGUCCUUGAAUUCUUUGCGAACUGUAUAUCAAUCUGAAAUAAUCGCAAUCGAUAAUAAAGUCCUCUUCGAACGGACAUAUAAAUAUAUACAGUUAACGGACCGUGUGAUGCGAUGGUCAAACCGUCCAAUAAAAUUACAUAAGAUACAAUUGCCGUUAAAAAGUAUAAACACUAUUAUCGACCGACUAACCCUAUACAUUAAAUCUUUCCAAACCUCCUUGUCGUGUUUGUGACGGGCAUAUGUUGACCUUAUUUACUAAGAAUAGCAUAUUUCUGCUAGCCGCUUAGAGAGAAAAACUGAUUUGUGUCAAAAUUAUUAAUAGCAUUCCUGCAAUCUUGCCAAGAGGUUUUUGCGGACAUUUACGCUCAUUAGUAAGCUUCGGCAGAUUAAUUCGCUUCCACCCUGGUGCAUUUUCAAUGCGAUUAUACACAAUCUUUGACAUUCAGCUUCUCGCGUCGCGUGCACCUGCAAUUGUCAACAUUACGAGUUUAUAAAUAAGAGUAAUCCGCAGACGGAAAUACUGGGAGGAAUCUGUAGUUUUAAAAGUACUCGCCGAUACUAGAUUUUACAGGAUUCAUCGCGUCAGACUAUGCAUGUAAAUAUAUAAGCCACUGCGUGGUUAAACGAGUGUUUCAUCUGUGUAAACUAUAUACAUAUAGAAGUAUGUAUAUAUAUUUUUUCACUUUUAAAGAUUAUAGGAGGUAAAAAUAAAGACGACUAUUUUUCCCAUUGUGAUCGAAUCGGCAGUUAGUCAAUUAACACGUUUAUUCCGAACGGAGAAAAUGCCAUAAGGUGCACGAGGUACGGUGUUCCUAAAGUCGGGAAAGGCGAGUAGACCGCUCGGUGUCGAGUCCCCAGGAUAUCCUAAUCGGUGAAUAACUUAUCAUCGAAGCACUUCGGGUGACUUCGAGUCUAGAGACAUAUCGCUAGCUGUUCCCCCAGCUGCUCGGAUCAUUCGAUAAACACGUCUGACCUCUCUUAUCGGUGAUCCUAAUUUGAUUGAUGAAAUAACAAAAUAGUAAACAUCCAGAGCUUGCUGGGAAAGAGAGGUUAUACGCGUACUCUUGCAGGCCUUGUUACGUAUGUAUAUACACAUUCGAAAUUACAGUCCAGCAGAGACGCCGCAGAGAUUCAAUGAUUUCUUUAACUCGGUGCCCAUUUAAAACGAGAUAAGCAGGUAAUCGUAGGUAUCGUAGAAAGACUGGAUGGCUGAAAUGUGAUGAAAGGGUUAAUAUGCUCGGGGUGCAGGGAAGGAUGAUAGAAGAUACGGAUUGUCGGAGCUAAGAAUGUGAACUCCGAAGAGUUGAUCUCGAUGUACAAGAAUUCCUGUAUGCGGCACGAAACCGACCCUCUGGAAUGUGUUGUGUCUCAGCUCAAGAAAUUGGAUAUAACCGAUGAGCGCCAUGGAGAACUAUGUCUGAAAGGACAGCAUUUGGGACAGAACGAUUGCGAACCACUGGAGGAAAUUUUUAAAAGAAUACAGUUCGAUAAGAUUGACUUGGAAGGGACAUCUUUAGAUGACGAGAGCUGCAUAACACUGUUUGAUUUGUUUGAAUAUUACCAGUCGGCGAAGCAUCUGAGUAUUUCGAACAACAAAAACAUUGGCAUUCGUGGAUGGCAAGCGUGUUCCUCUAUGAUCAAAAGGACCGAAUGUCUCGAGCAGCUCGAAGCCAGCAACAUGAUUCUCGAUGAAAAGCCCAUGAACCUUUUAAACCGAGCACUGAGGCUCGCGUCUCAUUUACAAAUCCUUAAAUUAGAGAAUUGUGAACUCAGCGGAAGGUCCAUCGUAAUACUAGUUACAGCUUUGAAGCUAAGCACGGGGCUAAAGGAACUCUAUCUCGCAGAUAAUGGUCUCAUGGCACACGAUGCCAUGCAGCUCGCAUCGCUCCUAAGGAUUAAUCACCACCUACAGCUGCUCGACAUCAGUAAUAACAACAUCGAGGAUCUCGGAGCCGAGCAUUUGAUCGGUGGGUUCAUCGAUCAGCCAGCUGACGGUAAAGAUGGCAAGGGAUUGUGUAUUCUCAUAUUGUGGAACAACCACCUUACAAAGGCGUCGGCGAGACAUUUCUCUCGAGUCUUAACCCGGUCGAAGACCCUGGGGACUUUGAACGUGGGACAGAACGUGCUGACCGACGAGAUGAUGUUCACGAUUAAGGAGUCGCUGCAGAACAACAGGAUCCUCCUGCAACUGGGGAUGCAGGCGACCGGGCUGACUUGUCAAGGGGUCAUCGCGCUGGCUGAAAUCAUCGGAGCCAAUAGAAUUUUACAGAGAAUAGAUUUGCGGGACAACGUGAUACAGAUGACCGGGCUGUCGGCACUCGCGGCAGCCAUGAAGACGAACCGGAGCGUCACGCAGCUGGACCUGGACGACAAGCCACGCACAAAAAUCGACGCGAGCCUGCACCAGUACAUGGACAUGGUGGCCGAGAUCCGGGGCUACUGCUUGCGCAACGAGGAGUCCAGCUCCGCGGACGAGAGCGUCGAGGAGUCGGAGAGCCAGCAGGAGGAGCAGCAGCAGCGCAGCCGACUGUCGAGCGCGAGUUCCCGUAAGAUCUCGCUGACCUGUCAGACCCUGCCGCAAUCGUCUCCUCCGUCCGUCCCACCCCAGGUCGCCGGCGAGGGGCCGGCCGGGAGGUCGACGCUGGAGCCGAAGCGCGCCGGAGGGGGCCGGCUGCGCUCCCCGGCCCCGAGUCCGAUCCCCUCGCCGGUGGCGAGCCCGAUCCCGAGCCCGUCCCGCGGUAGGUUCCUCGUGUCCCGGGUGCCGGAGGCGUCCUUGGGCUCGGGCAACUCCUCGGCCUCGUCCUCCUUGGGCUCCUCGCCGACCCGAUUCUUCCCCUCUUCGCGGUUCCGCGUGACCGUGGUCGAGGCCGUCGAGUCCGAGCCCGAGCCCGAACCCAGGCCAGUGGUCGCCUCUGCCGGGGCCAACGUCACCGUCGGUUUCGACUUCGACCCCGAGCCGGCCGACCCGGGGGCCGUCCUCGUGCCGGAGUUGGCGGUGGAACCAGGCAUGCCGGGCCCUGGGGGGAGCGAGGAGCCCGCUCCCGGUCGCGGGGUGGAGAACGGGGUCGUCUCCGUGAGGGAGGUCACCGUCAGCGUCAGGAAGACCGGGAACCGCUGCGCCAUCCUGGGCAUCACCGAGGUCGAGGGAUCCGGAGAGAAGACGGAGAAAAAAGCAUCCGAUGGACUUGGGGGUGGCACUCGGGAAGGACCUCCCACGGCAGGAGACGGAGCGGUACGGCUGGAUGCGGAAGUACGCGGAGGAGCGGCUCUGAAAUCCGCAGCGGACGAGGCCAGAGGACAGCCGGCCACCGUGGCGAACGAUUCAUCCAGGAAGACUUCGACGGUGCACCGGCAAGCGUCCGGCCUGGAGAGGCUUCUCGGGCUCUUCCAGAACCCGGGAAACCUGUUCUCGGGUGCCUCGACCCAGGAGAAAACGGAUUCGAGGAACAACCCCCAGGCCGGCGCCUGCGGCACCACCGUCGCCCUAGGGGAUAGGUUUCAGCAGUACCUAAGGGAGGGCAGAGCCGCGGCCUGCGGCAGACCGUCCUCGGGGGAGCGCACUCCUCAACACCUUCUGCAGCGGUCGGCCUCGGAUGCCCCCAGACCCGCGGAGAAAUUCGACCCGGUCAAGUCGAUCAGCGUGCCCCAGUUCUCGAGCAUCCAGGCCUUGACGAGCGUCUUUGCGGCGUGCAAGCUGGACACGAUCUCGAAGCACCUGGACAGCCGACACUCGGCGGAGGAACACUUGGAGAGGGCUUCGUGCGUCGCGGGAUGUCGGCCGGGCGAGGCGGGCUGCGGAGACGGCGACGCGACCUCGGUCAAGUCGGCGUGGUCCCGAGGGAUGCGGCUCUUGGAGAACGGGGGACUCCGGGGUGGAGAGGAGCGCGCGAUCGGCAUGGACCUCGUCCAGGAUAACCCGAGCACCGUGGACAGACCGACUACGACGGCGGGGGCGCAGGAGCCCAAGUCGAGUCUCUGCGCCUUCAAGCUGACGGACAUCCCGGAGUACUUGGUCCUGGAGGUCGGCGGGAACCCGGCCACCGCGGGCGCAACGUCCUGUGAUAUCGAGGCGACGGACAGUAUUAAUCCAACUAGUGAUAAGGACUCUUCGAGUCGUAGUUUACCCGGAGACGCGAGGACCACGCGUUGCGGGCGUAGUCCGGGGGUCCGGGAGGCCGACCGUGGCCUCGCAGCGCGCGGAGCCCCCGACGUUCCGGGGCCGCGGCCGAGCCUCGUUGCGGAGGACCCCGACCCUUGCCAGGCGUCCCGCCUAGCGGUGCACGACCAGUGCCCUCGCCCCGCCAGCGGGCGCGGCGAGGACCGGAAAAGUACAACCCUAGAUGAAGAUUUACCAGUGGUAGCAUUAGCCGAUAUACCUACGAUAGACCUAAGAGAAACGACCGCGGCAGCUCGAUUCGACCCUAUCGACGAGUCGCCGAAUUCUCGUGGCCAGGGCCUCCGGGAGACGAGGCCCAGCGACGACGGCGACGACGCUUCGCCGGGGAGCCGGACGCGCCGGGGGCUCCCGGUGGAAAUCGAGGUCGAGAACUCCGAGAAGACCUCCGAGCUCGACAAAUCCGAUCAGGACGACCUGAUUUUCAAUAUGACGGACAUCUCCAUGGACGCGGCUUUCCCCCUGGACGAGGCUGCCGCCCUCGGGACCGAUCCUGGUCGCGUCGAGGUCCCUGAGUCCCCGGAAACCGUCUUCGGGGAACGAGCGCGCCAGCGGCAGGCUUCUAGGUCGCCGACUAGUCUCUUCAUCGAGAAGUCCAGAAACGUUCACAGAAACAGCCACGAUUCCGGCAUCGAGGAGGCCGGGGCCUCCAUGAGCGACGAGUACGUCGCCGAGAACGUCGCCCAGCCCAGGGAGAGCUUCCAGGAGAGCGUCGACUCCGGCAUCGACUCCGAGUGCUCCUCGGUCUCCGCCAAGGCCGACUCCGUCCAGGACAUCUCGAGGGACCGGCUCAUCGGCGCAGACCCGGAGGUCGACCUCGGCGAUGUCGCUAUCGACGAGCGAGCCGGCUGCUGUACCCUGGCCAGGACGACCACGGCGACCACCUGCGAGUGCGGGGAUCGAGCUCGCGUCGAGGUCGCCAGGAUCACCGAACCCGCCUCGAUUGCCCGCUCAUCGAGUCCCGAAUGACGAGACCCCGGACUCCUCGGGCGAAGAGGACGACGAGGACGAGAACGCCGAGGCGGGGUCUAGCGACGAGGACGAGGAGGGUUUCGAGCUGGAAGACCUCGAAGAGGACGAGGACGACAUCACCG